AUGUACGAAACAAAGGUGCAAGAUGAAGCUCAUUUGGGGCAAGAUGAGGCAAAGCCCACAGAUCGAAUUGAAGAUCCACAUUCACGCCAUGACAACAAUGCCGCAAAUGACACCACAGCACCCUCUCAAGAUGAGCCAUCAACCGCGCAAAACUCACCUGAACCUACACAUCAAGCGCAAAGGCCUCUCAAUGCAAGAGCCCACCCCUCUUCCAUGUCAGUCGUCAGCACAGAUGACGAUGAAUUUCACGAUGACCGACUUUUGAUCGAUGAUGGGAUCCCGUCUAACGUGCCCUUGGAAGCCCUUGCUGGACCUGCUUUGAUCUUGCCAUCAAACGACAUUGAUGGACGUACGCUCAAUGAAGAGUUUGACUGGACCGGCAGAGAAGAUGAUGACGAUGACAUGGACAAGAAAGAUGAAGAUGAAGGCAAGAAGAAGAGGGGCGCAUUAGCACAAAACAGUGUCAUCAUCUGUCUAAACGAAAACUCUUCGCAUAUUGCCUGGACGUGCAUCCUCUUGUUUGGCUGCAUUCUGAUUGCAAUCGAUGUUGCUAUUUUCGUUUCUUAUCGAGAUCGUGUCAGUGGCACUUCGUAUGGCUUGCAGCUGUGGUUUACUUGGCUUUGCUUCAUGUGGUGGAUCGGCUUUAUGUCACAGAUCCUUGUAGAGCUGGUUCCUUGGGCCAUCAAGAAGGCUGUCGGCUACUUGAGGCCUCAAUCUACAGAAGUCCUCCGCAUGAGAUUAUCGUACUAUAUGGCUUUGCGUGUCUACAUUAAACUGUUUGCCAUCUCAGCAUGGGCCUGGGGCUCAUGGGCUUUCAUCAAGGCACAUGUCCAAUUGCCGUUGAUUAGCUCCACGCCAGAAGAAGGCAACAAAUACGAGUCUGAGCCUACCUACGUUGGUGUUUUCUACAGCAUCUGGGAAUGUUUUUUCUUUGCGACACUAUUUCUUUUCAUAGAAAAGUUUAUUUUACAAUUAAUUGUUACAUCCUUUCACAAGAAAGCGUAUGGAGAUCGAAUCAAGGAAAACGACAAGGCGCUCCGCAUUCUGGACAGACUCAAGAAAAUGAAGCGCAAGAACCCGCAAGAAUUCCUCAUGAAACGCAUCCGUCGUAAGAACAAGACUCCCAGUGGCACAAACACAAACACUCCAAGCAGAUCACAUUCUAUGGACGAAAGCACAUCCAAUGACCAUUAUUUUAGCGCUAAACACAAUCCCCAACAACAGCAGCAGGGCAAGUCCAUCAUUGCUAAUCAGCAGCAGUACACGGAUGGCAAAUCCACUGUGCGCUUCCCCACUCAGAAUAUGGACACCUUGAUCGCUAUUCCUCCCUUAGAAGACAGAGGCAACAGCAGAUCGGAUGAUGAGAAGCACGAUUUCACAGAAAAGGAAGAACAUGUCGCUGCACCCGAUGUCAUUAACAAAUCUUCUUCUGGCUAUGAUGACAUACCUCCUACUCAUCCCAAAAAGAAGGGGUUCAUCAACAAGUUCACACACAAGAUGAAGAAGAACCACCAAGGCGGCCCUCCCGUCAGUCAACCCGAAACACCUUCCGGCGAUGAAGGUGCUGUGUGCCCACCUCCUCCUCACUCAUUGUCCAGGGAAAACACAUGGUUUUCUCGAAAUAGUCAGGAUGAAAAGAGUUUCUUUGGUGCAACCCGUGAUUUCGGUCUAAGCACUACUGCUAUUCCUGGCAAGCUCCUUAAAGGCGGCUACAACAAGUUUGUAUCACAGAACAACAAUCUCAAAGCUGGUCAUCAAGCAGGCAACUCAACCCAACAAGCCAAAUAUUUAGCCAAGAAAAUUUACACAAACAUAGUGGGGCCCGAUAGUCACCGUGAUACUAUUGUCGAAGCCGAUCUCUAUCCAUUCUUCAGAACUACCAAGGAAGCUACUUUUGCAUUUGGUCUCUUUGACACGGAUGGAAAUGGCGACAUUAGCAAGAGAGAGUUGAGAUCCGGAUGUAUCCGCAUCUACCGCGAACGUAAAAACUUGACUCGCUCUAUGCGUGAUUUAUCUCAGGCAACUGGCAAACUGGAUAUUAUCUUGAUGAUUGUCUUUGUCAUCAUCUGGGCCAUCAUUGUUUGUGCUGCCUUUGGUGUGGAUGUCGGUACCGAUUUGAUGCCCCUCUGGAGUGCCUUUGUUGCUGCUAGUUUCGUCUUUGGUACAUCGGCCAAGGAUGCCUUUGAGGCUAUCAUUUUUGUGUUUGUUACUCAUCCGUUUGAUUCCGGCGACAGAGUCUUUAUCCAAGGUGAAAACUGGGUAGUUCAUAACGUUGGCUUGCUGGUCACCACUUUCCUGAAAUGGGAUGGUUCAAUUGUCUAUGCCAAAAAUUCAGUCCUCACCACACAGUACAUUAUCAAUGUCAGACGAUCCGGCCGCACUGGAGAAACAGUUGAACUUCAAAUAAGCUUCGCAACACCAUCUUGGAAGAUCAGAAAAAUCACUGACCACAUGAUUGAAUGGUGCAACAAAUACCCAAAACUAUAUUCAACAAAUUCGGCCUCUACAAACAUCACUGGUUUCCAGAAUCAAAAUGUCAUCAACCUCUCCUUCUACUUUGAACACACUCAAAACUGGCAAGACGCUGGUGGUCGCUGGCUUCGUCACAACAACUUUAUGAUGGAGCUCAAGGAAGAGUGCGAGCGUCUCGAAAUUACCUACACUUUGCCUCCUCAACCUUUUGUCGAGGGUAACAGACAGAACGAUGCUUCUCCAGAGGCCUAUAAUAUGGGCGAUAAAGCUGGCUAUGGCCUUGACGGUAUGCAAAGAAGAAGACCCUGGAAUGACGACGAUGACGAUGGCUACAAGAACGCGCCUAUUGGCAGUGAAUCCAAUGCACAUUCUGGUAAUAAUGAUAGUUCUAAUGACUCUGGCGCCACUGCAGGAGCUGCCUCUGCUAUGAUGUUUGCUGCUAGUAUGUAA